AUGCUCGGGAGCCGGCAGAUGGAGUCCGGUAUUCUCCCGACUAGCCUGUUGACCGAGAUGUCAAGGUCCGUGAGCGUAGUUCCCGAGCUCGGGAGGAAUCUCGCCCUCGAGCUGAUUGUAGUAAAGCUCGAGGAGCUUCAGGUUCGGGAGCCAGCCGAGCUCUUUCGGCACGGGCCCGGUAAGAUAGUUCCCGCUCAACUCGAGGUCGACGAGCGACGUCAUGUUCCCGAGAGAGGGCGGGAUUUCCCCGCCGAGCAUGCACGUGGUAAGUAUCAUGGACUUGAGGCUAGUCAUGCUGUCCGGGGGGAGUCGCCAGAGGUUGAGCCUCUGGUUGUUGUUGAGGUUGACGGACUCGAGAUUGGUGAGGUUGGUGAGGGCCCACACGGGGAAGUCCCCGGAGAAGCGGUUGUCGGAGAGGUCGAGGAUUCGGAGGGUUUUGUGGAGUGGGGAGAGGUCGGGGAAGGGGCCCGUGAAGUAGGCGCGAGUGGCGUUGAGUUCGCGGAGUUUGUGAGGCCGCGCGGGAAUUUUGAGAAGGUGUUGCCGCCGAGACGGAGGGUUUGGAGGGUGGGGAGGUGGGUACAGGUGUUGUCCGGGAAUUGGCCGGUGAGGAGCCAGCCGGAGAUGUCGACUUGGAUGAUGUUUUGUUGGCGGUCGCAUGAGAUGCCGGGGAGAGUGCAUUGCCAGCUGGAGAGGGAUUCGCCGUGGGUUGAGGUUUUCAUGAGUUCGAAAAAGCGUGAUUGGGUUGAGCGGGAAGAGUCGAGAUGGAGGGAAGGGAUAUAUAAGAUGAAGGAGAUU